CUUAGUUAUUCUUUUUAGUCUGAGUAAUAUUUACGCGGUUCGGUGUCUAUUUAAUUAUAAUUGUAAAUGAGAUUUUAACACUGAUUUUACUGAAAUAUAUAGAUAAGUAUUAAUAUAAUAAGUUUUUUUUCUAUAUUCACACUACAUAUUGAGUCAUAGCUAAAUGUAUCGGAAUAUAACAUUAUUAAAACACAUAUAUAGAUUUGAAUUUGUAAGAAGAUUAAGCAAUAUGAAUGAUACAAAGAGGGUUGCUAUAUGUCAGAUGACAUCUGUGGCUGACAAGUCCACUAAUUUGCAAGUAGUUAGUCAACUAAUCAGUGAUGCAGCCAAGGAAAAUGUACAGAUGGUAUUUUUCCCAGAAGCAUGUGAUUAUAUAUGUGAUAACAAAAAAGAUGUAGUAGGCCAAGCAGAACCGAUACUGACAGGCAAUAUUGUAAAUAAGUAUAGACAGCUGGCCGCUGAGCAUAGUGUGUGGUUGUCUAUGGGUGGAAUCCAUGAAAAGGAUGAAUCCAACCCAACAAAAAUGUUCAAUACGCAUUUAAUAAUAGAUGACAAGGGUAAUAUAGUACAAUCAUAUAGGAAAUUGCAUCUAUUCGAUGUGGAAAUACCCGAAAAGAAUGUACGACUGAAGGAGAGUGACUUCUCAAAUGCUGGUAGACAUAUUGUGACGCCAGUCGAGUCGCCGGUAGGAAGAAUAGGCAUGGCUAUCUGCUAUGAUAUGCGAUUUCCUGAGCUCAGCACAUCACUCAGUAUAAUGGGCGCUGAAAUACUGACGUUUCCUUCGGCCUUCACUCAGGCGACUGGCGCGGCUCAUUGGCAUGUACUACUCAGAUCGAGAGCAAUAGAGAACCAAUGCUACGUCAUCGCGGCAGCCCAAACCGGCGAGCACAACGCAAAGCGGCGUUCAUACGGGCACGCGAUAUGCAUAGACCCUUGGGGGGAGGUGGUGGCCGACUGCGGGGACUCUUCUCCCACUUACAAAGUGGCCGAGAUAUCACCCCGCAAACUGGCUGAUGUGAGACGGAAUAUGCCUGUUUUUCAGCAUAGAAGACGUGACGUCUAUUCACUUUAUACCCUAAGCCUCCGCAAGAGCGUCCUACCAGAACACAAUGAGACACCAAGUAUUGAUGAGAAGCCAACCGACUGCACCACAGACGAGGAGUGUAAUGUGUUUGGCCAUGUUCGAGUGCCCAACAGCUGCAUUUUCUACAAAUCCAAAUUGUCGUAUGCGUUCGUCAAUUUGAGAUGCGUGAUACCCGGCCACGUGCUAGUGGCGCCCAUUCGCAUGGCCGAAAGGAACAAAGACCUGUCUGAUGAGGAGGCGGAAGACUUUUAUCGGACGGUCAGAACUGUUCAAAAGUUAAUGGAGAAGGUGCACAAUACAGAAUCGUGUACAGUGACUAUACAGGACGGGCCCGACGCUGGACAGACCGUGAAGCAUCUCCACUGUCAUAUAAUGCCAAGAAAAAAAGGAGACUUCAUAGAAAAUGACCUUAUAUAUUUGGAAUUGGCGAAACAUGAUCAGUUCAAAAGAGGUCACCCAUCGAAGCCGCCAAGGAGUCUGGAAGAAAUGAGGACAGAAGCGGAAUUGUUGAGGAAUGAAUUGGAUAAAAUGCUUAACGAAGACAAAGUUUCUAGUAGAUAAAUGUAUUACAGAAUAAAAUGUAACUAGUGUCGAAAAACUCAAAUUUGACGUACCUCUAUAUAGUGGUACUUUGUUUUUAUAUAAUUUGUAUAUAAAUAAGUAUAAUAUGUAUAUUUGUAAAUAUAUAGCUGUUACAGCCCAUUGCUUAAUAAUA